AUGCCCUACGGGGAGCGAUGGCGCAAAGAGCGCCGCACUUUCCACCAGCACUUCCACCAAGGCGUCGUGGACAGGUAUCAACCGACCCAGAUACGUGAAGCCCGCAGGUGUCUUAAUCGUCUCCUUGCGGACCCGGAUGAUUUCUUGCAUCAUCUACGACACACAUUCGCUGCUGCUGUCAUGAAUAUUGCAUAUGGGAUCGACGUCCUGACCAAAGAUGAUCCGUAUAUUACAACCGCCGAAAUAGCCAUAGGAAGUUUGUCAGAAUCGAGCGUUCCCGGGGCUUUCCUGGUUAACCAGAUUCCCAUCCUCAAGUACGUCCCGACUUGGUUCCCGGGUGCCGGUUUUAAGAAGAAGGCAGAUUAUUGGAGGCAAGUGUCAGACGACAUGCUUAAUAAACCAUUCGAGACCGUGUUGGAGAAUAUGGCAAGCAAUCGAGGGACCGCUGUACCAUCCGUGACAUCUAAAAUGCUUCAAGACCUGCCCGUAGAAGGGGAUAAUACGGAUCAGUUUGAAUUGAUCAAGCACAUAGGCGCCGCUGCCUACUCCGGUAAUAGUGAUACGAAUCUAUUCCAGACUGUGUCGGCAGUGCAGAUGUUCUUCCUCGCUAUGGCCAAGUAUCCCCAGGUUCAGGCUCGCGCUCAGGCCGAGUUGGAUGAGGUUGUCGGAUCCAGCAGGCUACCGGAAUUUUCUGACCGACCGCGUCUGCCCUACAUAAACGCAAUUAUCAUGGAAACUCUCCGAUGGCAGCCCGUUACUCCGUUGGCGUUUCCGCAUUGUUCCACCGAAGAUGACGAGUAUAAAGGUUAUUUCAUUCCUAAGGGCUCCGUUUUAUUCGGCAACACCUGGUAUAUCUUGGCAAUACUGCAUGAUCCGGAGGCGUAUCCAGAACCCGAACGAUUUAUGCCUGAGAGGUUCCUGAAAGACGGCAAGAUUAAUGCCAAUGCUAGUGAUCCCGGCGUGGCAGCUUUUGGCUUUGGAAGACGAAUUUGUCCUGGAAGAUUCCUCAGUGACCGCGCGAUGUUCAGCGUCAUAUCCUCUGUUCUUGCGGUCUUCAACAUCACACCGCCUUUGGACGAACGAGGUAAGCCCAAAGCCCUUGAACCAGCAAUGACCCGAGGCAUUGUACGCAAUGUUGUCCCGUUCCACUGCAUUGUCAGGCCACGAUCCUCCGCUGCGGCCGCUCUGAUACGAGCUCACGGGGAAUAA